CGGAGUUACUCCUGCUGGCGGCGGCGGAGGAAGCGAGCCUGCCCUAACUAGCACUCAUUGUAAACCGAGCGGGGAACUGGAGCGGGCGGCGGCGGCGGCGGCUCCAGAAGGAUGCACGGGGGCAUCAGGAUUUAGUGUCUCGAAAGAAAAAUAGUAAGGAUUGCACCAUGGCUCCGAGAAAAAGAAGUGGGCGAGGGAUUUCUUUUAUCUUCUGCUGCUUCCGAAGUAAUGAUCAUCCAGAAAUCACGUAUCGGCUGCGGAAUGACAGCAAUUUCGCCCUGCAAACCAUGGAGCCUGCAUUACCCAUGCCUCCGGUGGAGGAGCUGGAUAUUAUGUUUAGUGAGCUUGUGACUGAAAUUAAAAUCACUGACCACAAGAGUUCUCCACAUGGAUUGCCCUCGGAAAAAGACUGGGCCAUCCUAUCUACAAAACAAAAGGACCAAGAAGAAAAUAAAGGGGCCACGAGUUGGCCUGAAUUUUACAUUGAUCAGCUUAACUCCAUGGCUGCUAGAAAGUCAUUGAUCGCUUUGGAAAAAGAAGAUGAAGAGGAACGAAACAAAACUAUAGAGAGUUUGAAAACAGCACUAAGGACCAAACCUAUGAGGUUUGUAACUCGAUUCAUUGAUCUGGAUGGCCUGUCAUGCAUUCUGAACUUCCUGAAGAGCAUGGACUAUGAGACUUCAGAAUCUCGAAUCCAUACCUCCCUCAUUGGGUGCAUCAAAGCCCUGAUGAACAACUCUCUUGGGAGAGCCCAUGUCCUGGCCCACUCAGAGAGUAUUAAUGUAAUUGCUCAGAGUCUGAGCACUGAAAACAUUAAGACUAAGGUGGCGGUGCUGGAAAUCAUGGGCGCUGUGUGCCUGGUUCCUGGGGGUCACAAAAAGGUACUAGAGGCCAUGGUGCACUACCAAAAAUAUGCCAGUGAACGGACUCGCUUUCAGACAUUAAUAAAUGAUUUGGAUAGAAGUACGGGACGAUACCGAGAUGAAGUAAGCCUCAAGACCGCCAUUAUGUCUUUUAUCAAUGCUGUUCUCAGCCAAGGGGCUGGAGUGGAAAGUCUGGACUUUAGACUCCACCUUAGAUAUGAAUUCCUCAUGCUUGGAAUUCAGCCUGUAAUUGACAAGUUAAGAGAACAUGAAAAUUCCACAUUAGAUAGGCAUUUAGACUUUUUUGAAAUGCUUCGAAAUGAAGAUGAGUUGGAAUUUGCCAAAAGAUUUGAAUUGGUUCAUAUAGACACAAAAAGUGCAACCCAGAUGUUUGAACUCACAAGAAAGAGAUUGACUCAUACAGAAGCUUACCCGCAUUUUAUGUCUAUACUUCACCACUGCCUCCAAAUGCCUUAUAAGAGAAACGGCAACACCGUCCAGUACUGGUUACUGCUGGAUCGUAUUAUACAACAAAUAGUUAUUCAAAAUGAUAAAGGGCAGGACCCUGACUCAACACCCCUGGAGAACUUUAAUAUCAAAAAUGUUGUCCGAAUGUUGGUUAAUGAAAAUGAAGUGAAACAAUGGAAAGAACAAGCAGAAAAAAUGAGAAAAGAACACCAUGAGCUACAGCAGAAGUUGGAAAAGAAAGAGCGAGAGUGUGAUGCCAAGACCCAAGAGAAGGAGGAGAUGAUGCAGACCUUGAAUAAGAUGAAGGAGAAGCUUGAAAAAGAACUCUCUGAGCAUAAACAAGUGAAACAGCAAGUGGCAGACCUCACGGCACAGAUCCAUGAGCUUAGUAGGAGAGCAAUAUGUGCUCCCGUCCCUGGAGGACCCCCUCUGCCACCCGGUGCCCCUGGGGGGCCCUUACCUACAGGGUCUCUAGGAUCUUUCCUGCCAGUUCUUCCUCCACCCCCUCCUCCUGGAGCAAUCCUGCCACCCCCUCCCCCUCCACCCCCUCCUCCUGGGGGCCCACCCCCUCCCCCAGGGCCCCCACCAAUUGGAGGCCUGACUCCAGCUCCAGGAGCUCCUUUGGGAUCAGCACUCAAGAGGAAAAACGUCCCCCAACCCACACAUGCCCUCAAGUCCUUCAACUGGUCCAAAUUGCCUGAGAACAAGUUGGAAGGCACUGUGUGGACUAGCAUUGAUGAUGCCAAGGUAUUUAAAGUGCUAGACCUUGAAGACCUUGAAAGAACAUUCUCUGCUUACCAAAGGCAACAGGACUUCUUUGUGAACAAUAACUCCAAACAGAAAGAAGACUCCAUUGAUGACACACUGAGUUCCAGGCAUAAAGUCAAGGAGCUUUCAGUAAUAGAUGGUCGAAGGGCUCAGAACUGCAAUAUUCUGCUCUCAAGGCUUAAACUAUCAAAUGAUGAAAUUAAACGUGCAAUUUUAACAAUGGAUGAACAGGAGGACCUGCCAAAGGAUAUGCUUGAACAGCUUUUAAAAUUUGUUCCUGAAAAAGCUGACAUCGAUCUUCUGGAAGAACACAAGCAUGAGUUGGAUCGGAUGGCCAAAGCUGACAGAUUUCUCUUUGAAAUGAGCAGGAUAAAUCAUUACCAGCAAAGGUUGCAGUCCUUGUAUUUUAAGAAGAAGUUUGCUGAGAGAGUUGCUGAAGUUAAACCAAAAGUUGAAGCAAUUCGAACUGCUUCCACCCAAGUAUUCCAGAGUAAAAGCCUGAAGCAGCUGCUUGAAGUGGUUUUGGCUUUUGGCAACUACAUGAACAAGGGUCAGAGAGGGAACGCUUAUGGCUUUAAAAUUUCUAGCCUGAACAAGAUUGCAGAUACCAAAUCCAGCAUUGACAAGAACAUUACCUUGUUGCACUAUCUCAUCACAAUCAUAGAAAAAAAAUAUCCCAAAGUAUUCAGCUUACAUGAAGAAUUAAAAGAUGUCCCUGGAGCUGCCAAAGUAAAUAUGACUGAACUGGAGAAGGACAUUGGCAACUUGAGGAGUGGGCUCAGGGCUGUGGAGACAGAACUAGAAUACCAAAAAUCCCAGCCUUCCAAUCCAGAGGACAAGUUUGUUUCUGUGGUUAGCCAAUUCAUCACUUUGGCCAGCUUCAGCUUCUCAGACGUAGAAGAUCUUCUAGCAGAAGCCAAAGAACUGUUUAUCAAGGCAGUGAAGCAUUUUGGAGAAGAUUCUGGCAAAACACAACCAGAUGAGUUCUUUGGCAUCUUUGACCAGUUCCUUCAAGCUGUAAAUGAGGCUAAACAAGAGAAUGAAAACAUGAGAAAGAGGAAGGAAGAAGAAGAGCGACGGGCACGUAUGGAAGCUCAGCUCAAGGAGCAGCGAGAAAGGGAGCGCAAGGCUAGGAAGGCAAAAGAAAGCAGUGAAGAAGGUGGGGAGUUUGAUGACCUGGUCUCCGCUUUAAGGUCCGGAGAAGUCUUUGACAAAGACCUUUCUAAACUGAAGCGCAAUCGCAAACGCAUCACGAAUCAGCUGGCAGACGGGAGUCGUGAGAGACCCAUCACAAAACUCAACUUUUGAACAUUGUCUUUUUAAAGAGUGUUAGUGGGGGUGGGUGGGGAAAACCUGACCAAUAAUCUGGUUUAAAACCUGGUCUUUUUUCUUUUUUCUUUGCCUUCUGCCUUGGUGGUCACUCAGUGGCAUAUUUCCUCCCCCACCCUGCAUGUCUGCGUGAGCGGGUGGUUAAAGGAAGCAUGCGUGUGUGGGUGUGUAUAUGUGCUGUAUAUACCAAUCUCUUCGGGUGGAUGGAGGCCAAAAGGGUGUGUGACACACUUGUAAGCACGCACGGUGGCUAACUGCUUGAGUGAAUGCUCCCUUUUCUACCGAUUAUAGUGGCAUUCCACAAGCAGCUUCUCCAUUUCAAAAGCACAAACGUUGGAGGGGGAGGCCGAUAAAGAGGCAGAAGCACCCAGGGAGCGAAAUGAGGGAGGCUGAAGAGUAGCAUUCAGCUUGGCUUAUUUGGGGUCCUUGAGGCCGAUCUUGAGGAGAAGCUAGGAAGAGAGUUGUGCAGGAUGACCUGAGAUCAUCAUGACCAGGAUGGACCCACCUUGACUGACUCAUCACUGCUGGGAAUACAGUGGCAAAAAGCCCAUUAGAAACUUGUCUUGUUCGGCCUGAACUGUAUUGCUCGGGAGAAAACAAAUCUUAUCUUCUGUGUCUAUUAUUACCUAAAACUUGAACAUCCCUUGUAAUUCUUGUGCUGGCUCCCUUUAUUCCCUAAUCUCUCCUUUUUUUUCAUUCUUUCCCAGCACUUUUGGACUCCUUGGGGAGCUUUUCAUUACUGUAAUAAUGCAUCUAUAAGAAUUAAUUUGUUUUCUUAUUGAAGACCACUGGGGUGUGGGGAGGGGGGAUAUGCUCUCUCUCUCUCUC